CGAUAAUAGUGAUGCGAUUGUUAAACAAUUUUACGGAAUAUUAUCGGUUCAUCUUGUUAUUUUUUAGAAAAUAAGACCAAUGUAUUUUUUAUUCUUUUAUUUAAAAAAUAUAUUAAUUUCUUACUCAGAAAUAAACAUUUCAUUAAAAGAUUUAUGCCUUUUCAAAAUCGAUUUCAGGCGUAGACACUCACCACUAGACUGAAUUUAUUUUUAUUGCGAAUUAAUGGCGUAGCCAGCACCAUGUCGACCCUAACGAAAAUGACCCGCACGGUUAAAAAACUGGAGGUGCCCAGACCCCUGAAAUCGACGACCAGUUCUGCACACAACCGCAACUCUGUGUUGGACGUCAAAAUAAACUCUGUCGAUGACCUCAUAGUGUUGACAGAAGCAGUGGCGUACCAAAUGAUGCAGGGUAAUUAUGACCGUGCGCUUCAAAGUAAUGUGGCCACAAUGUACUCUAAUCUGAAACUUUAUGGCGCUCAGCUCGAGGCCCUUUACAAGGACUUUCUUGAUAGAUACUUUGUUGUGUUCCGCAACGGUUCGCAGGACGAACGACUGGAUAAGAAAACUAGACUUCAUCUUCUUGAGCUGAUUGAGCUGCGCGCCAAACUCUGGCAGGGCUCCGACUACAUGAGUCAAUAUUAUAGACACCGUGGCACCCAUGCUGAGCCACUACUGGUGCCGACGAUGGAGGGGUCGGGUUCGGGCGGCUCGGUGUCCCCUACGCUGGCUGCGCCCGCCGAGCCGCCCUCUCUUCUCGGCCCCGGCGAGAUCAUCAAACCGUCGGGCAAAUUCCCUAAGCCCACCAAGAUCCCCGGCAAGAACUAUUCCAAGGACGAAGUCGUCAUUAGAAAUGCCGACUCUGGAAAAGUGAUGGGUAUCAAGGGCAGGAGGGUGCACAUGAUCGAGGAGCUAAGUGACACGAUUAUAUCGUUUCAGCGAGGGAUACUGGUGAUUUCAGUGAGUCCCGGUGCGAAGGAGCGUCUCGUCCAGAUCACUGGGCCCAACGAGGAAAACGUGAACCACGCCAAGCACCUGAUCGGCGACACCAUCCGCCGCAACGCGUCUCCCGUGCGGCUGGACGGCGCGCUGGACGCGCUGCCCGGCGCCGCGCUGGCCGGCUCGCGCGCCUCGCUCGACUCCAACGGAUCCGACGACGCGCCGCGCGCCCGAGAGAAAUCCCCGCACAAUGCCCGGGCUCUAUUGCAUAGUUACUCUACGAACGAUGCCGCAUUGGGAGAGUAUAAGUACACUGUGACUUUUGGACAACAUUCCAUUAGGAUCACGGGCCUUAAUUUGGAUCUUGUAAAGACUGCGAAGCUAGUGCUAGACGAGUACUUCGAGAGUGCGGGCGCGCUGGAGGCGAUGGGCGCGGGAUCGGGCGACUUCUUCACUCUGUCGCAGCGCCCCGCCGCCGCGCUACUGCUGCGGGACGACGCCGCGCUCAACGGCGCCGACGAUGACGUCUUCCUCAACGACGACAACGCCGCGUGCGGGGGGGAGGACGCCACGCCGCGCCGCCCGCGCUUCUCGCGCGCCACCAGCAUUGACAAGAAAGAAGGCGCGGCGAGCGGGGCGCGGCAGACGUACUCGUACGAGACGCUGGUCCAGUACGCGGACUCGCCGCUGAGCAAGCUGCCGCCGAGCGGGCUGGCCGCGUUCCCGGCCGAGCUGGCGCGCAAGGUAACGCUGGGCGGCCGGCGGCCCGCGCCGCCCGCGCCGCGCGUGCUCACGCCCUUCCGCGUGUGGGCGCCGCUGCACCACCCCAACUACCUGGCCGCGCUGCUCUGCCGCAACUUCUACUAACCGGCCGCCGCCGCCCCUCCCCCGACCCUUGCACGUCUCGCGGCUUGCUUUGUUUCACCCGCCUCUCUAACCUGCAUGAUGGUUCGGUGCAUAUUACCCUUUUAAGUCAUUCUAUCGAAUCUCGAGGUACCUCCUUUUUAGUUAGGUUUGUCGAAAUUCUUAGUACCGCGCGUCUCUCUAGCCGUCUCCGGGCUCUAGACCCGGCCCCCCAUUAGCUGAUUAAGCGUAAACGCUAGGUAUAAAUUAUAAGCGAUUCUUUAAUUAGGAAAUAUUGAUCUCAUUAUCUAAGUUGUAAGUUAAUUGAUAAGACUGACGCUAGUAUUAUGUGGGAGUGGCCCCUGACAGAGUUCGGAGGUGGCGGUAAAUAAUGUGCCGCUAACAUUUCGAAUGCCACGAUUAACUCUCUGUAGGCUACUUGACCGUAUGCCAACUUAAAGACUGAUUAAGAAUCUCACCAUUAUGACACAGGAAAAUCUUUAUCGUUUUAGAAAAAAAAUAUUUUUCAUUAUUGAAUUAAUGAAAGAAUUUUUUAGUACUAGUAUAUAAAGGUGUUUAUUGACAGAAUAAUAUUGAUAAAUCUUUUACGCAACGUUAUUUACAUGAGUAAACAGUUUUGAAAGCUUUAUUAUGUGUUUAUUAACAAUGCUACUAAAAUUUGUGAUGUCUCUUUGUUCAUGCUGCUCGGACAGAAUGGGUAUUCGAGAGGGGAUCGCUACAGGUAGAAAGUGUUCGCCUAUUAACUUGAGUGAAGUUCUAAAUUGUCACUUGAUUUUGUUGUGUUCAUUUAUUGUUAUUGUUUUUAAUUUGAGUAAGCAUUAAAAUUAUCAGUGUUAUUUCAAUUGAUUGUCAAUUUAUGAUUUUUAAAUAUAAUAAUUUCAAAAUAUCUCGUCUUUUGCCUGUUCUCACGCUUACCUCCUAACUAACUAAUCCUGCUAAAUCUUUCUGCGGUGAUCGGGACUUCCUCGUAAAUAACUCACAGCGCCGGCAGGUCGGUCACAGUGACUAACACACACUCGCACCAUGCCAGCUAACUCGGUGGGCGGCUCGGAGCAUAAAUGUACCAGUCCGAUGUGUCCGACAGAGUUGCCUGGACUUCGACAGCGCCAGCUACUUGAAGAAGGUCCGCGCGGCGGGCGGCACGACGGUGGCGGCGGUAGACGCGCCCGACUCGCCUGAGCCCGAGUAACUCGCGCCCGGACGUUCGCUCGCCGCACCCACACUGCACACUACUACAAAAUUGUUUAACGUAACGAUGUAUAGCUAACGUAGGCACGACUGACACGGUCCGCACGGCGAGCGAACUACUAGCACUUCCCGGCAGCUUGUGACCGAGGCCGCUACGGACGAGCGCCGGCUUCUAUUGAGGCGACGGCACGGGCCGUCCGAUGUGUCCGUCCUUACGACUCUUUUAUUUUAGCGAGCUUCACUCUUAUCUAAUUUAGCAGACUUAUCUUAAAAGUAUUAGCACACCAAAAUAUUUAUUUUUAUAGUGGUGGGUAUACCGUACCUCAUUUUUGUGAAUAUUUAUUACAUAAAUUAGCUGUGGAUCUGACUACAUACGAAUAAUGUGAUAAAAAGAUAAAAAUGCAUGUAAAAGGCAAAUUCUAUGACUUGCACAAAUCCACAGUCUUACGUUGAUCUCCCAUCAAUGUUUUUUUUAUUUCCAACGUAAAAUAUAACAUUCUGAACAAUACAUUUUGGUAAUGUCCACUUCGUCUUAUAAACAACAUUGAUAUUUUCAUUAUUUUGUUGUAUAUAUUGACUCUGUUAGUUUCGGAUAUCAUAGAGUGAUUCCAUUUAUUAUUAUAAGAAGAAUGCAUGCAUUUCUUUCGUGUGUUUGUAUACUCAUUUUCAGACUUUCUAGUGUCUAGUCCUGACGAGUAGAUGUCGAUUCUCACUAUAUCGUAAGCUUUUAUAUUUCCGAGGAAGCCUGCCAAUCAAUAUAUAAUUAUUAAAGGAAUUAGGUAGUAUGGUUUUUCUUUAUAUUAUUUAAAAUAUUGUUGUAUUAUUUUUGUUGUACUAUUAGAGCUUUUAAAUAAACUUGCUGUGCACUAAACCAAAUAAUUAUUGUAGUGAGUCCUAAAAUAUAUUACACUAACGUUAUUAUCGAAUAAAUGGUUGCCAGGCUUUCUUAUUCUAAACGGUUUUAGUAAACGUGACUUGAAUAUUAGCGAUCCGAAAUAUGAUAUCGCAGUGAUAUAGGAUUUUAUUUCCAUGUUGCAAAAUUUAAAGUUUAUUUUGUCGGCGGAACCGACAUAAAACCAUUAGGUCAUCACUCGUUCACCUUUUAAGUAAACUGAAAGUAUUAUAAAAUUAUUCUCGUUGCAGGUAUUACUUAAAAGACUAUAAAUAUGUUAUUUAAUUUUAUUUACUAGAGGCUAGCGAGUGAUGCUUCACAAUAACUUAUCUGCAGAUAAAAACAAUCUUUAAACGUAAUUGGUGCUUACUCCUUGGGGAAGUAUUAUCGUUGAAUUUGUAAUUAAAGAUUUAUGUUUACACAUUUGUUUUUAUAUCAUAGACGUAUGGCUAUAAUUGUGAAAAUUGAUAUACUAAAUUUUC